GUUUAAAAUGCCACGCUGGAAGCAGACGUCUCCGAUAACGCAACGUGUUGUACUAUCUGAAGCCGCACGUCUUUUCGAUCCAUAUGGACUAGCAGGACCCGUCAUUGUUCAAGCGAAGAUGUUUCUCCAAGAGCUUUGGAAAGGAAAGUAUUCUUGGGAUGAGCCUUUAAGCAUGACGUUACAAUCACAAUGGCUGGAGUUCAGAAACAGCUUGGAUCGACUCGAUGCAGUUUCCGUGCCACGCUGGAUUGCAUUUGGUAAAAAUGUAAUUUCAUGCGAACUUCACGGUUUCUGUGAUGCCUCAGAAAGGGCUUACGGAGCAGUUAUCUACCUAAGAAGUGUAACACGAGAAGGUCAGGUAUCAGUUCGUUUAGUGAUGGCGAAAUCGAAGGUGGCGCCUUUAGAAGACUUGAAUAAGCGGAAGAAAAAACUGUCGAUACCCAGACUAGAGUUGUCAUCAGCAUUGGUACUGGCACACCUUGAAGUGUUGGCUUUCAUCGCAUCCGUCUAGAUGGCAAGUAUUCGUAGCCAACCGAGUGUCGGAGAUUCAGCACAUCUCCCGAGAAGGCGUUUGGAAUCAUGUGCCCGGCGUUGAGAAUCCGGCUGAUAUUAUUUCCCGGGGUGCGACACCGCUUCAACUAGCAGAAAGCUCUGUAUGGUGGAACGGUCCCAGUUGGCUCGGGAAAGAUUGCA